AUACACCGGUCUGCGACUUGGACCCAUACAACCACAAUAGUCUGUCUGUAACAUGCCGUUGCAGCCCAUGCUUAUUAUCCAAAUUUGUUUCAAGCUUCUCCUAUGUAUGUUGCCCAGGGUAACUUCAACGUGGACUCUCUAAUAUUAUACUUUGAAACAACUCAGGACUCCUCUUGCUGCAUCUAUCACCCGACCCAUGUCUUCCAUUUCCCACUGGUCCGAGGAAAUAUGCCCGUAGCACACGCAUGGAGACCGGCGGUAUUUGACCAGUCUCAGAACUGAAUCAGUAAUACGGGCCCUACGCCCGGCAUGACCGUUGGAGGCGGUUGGUGAUGGUCUUUCAAUCAUGACAAUCGUGCACAGCCAGGGUCCACAAGAGGAGUUUAUAUAACUAUCAGCUCUUUGAAGCAUUGAGAAUUCCUACUCGUCUCAUCUCCUCACCACCAAUCACUUGCUUCACCAUCAUGUCUUUUGCUCGACCCAUCACUACUCGCCUCACCAGGCUCCUCAAUAUCCAGACACCUAUUGUCUGUGCCGCCAUGGCAGUACCUGGAAUCAAUGACAUGGCUGCCGCAGUCACCGAAAGCGGUGGAUUCGGUUUCCUAGGGACCGCUUUCGAUGACGUGCCGACACUAAAGAGCACAAUGAGAACACUUCGUGAGAGACUCAAGACACCUGCAGGAUCGCCUGUGCCGGCUGGCGUAGGCUUCGUAGGCUGGGUUCUUGAUUCUGCCCCUAAUGCGGAAGAACGUAUCGUCGCUGUUCUUGAGGAACGGCCGGUUGCUGUCUGGCUCGCAUUCGGUGACCACCUCGAGAGAUAUGCUCGAAUAGUCCAAGAAUAUGAUGCAAAACACGGCCGAAAGACAUUCAUAUUCACAAUAAUCAACACUGUCGCCGAGGCUCUGCGAGCUGCCAACGAAUGGAAAGUCGAUGCGUUGAUCGUGCAAGGUAUCGAAGCAGGUGGACAUGGUGGCGCACAUACGCCUCCUCUGUUUGAACUACUUCCUGCUGUCAUUGAAGCGCUACCAAAUGGACCUUUACUCGUUGCAGCAGGAGGAAUUGCCACAGGGCCCCAGAUCGCUGCUCUUCUGACCCUCGGAGCAGACGGCGUCGCACUCGGUACUCGAUUCCUCUUCACACCAGAAUGCGCUUGGCCUCCAGUCAAGAAGCAAAUGCUUCUGGAUGCUGAUCUUAAUUCUACUGUGCGCGGAAUGGCAUUUGACGAGGUGAUGACUUUUUUGGGUUGGCCUAAGGGUGUGAACGGAAGGGCAAUAAGGAACAAGAUCGUUGAUGAUGUGGAGGAAGGCGCAAGUAUGGAGGAACGCAUAAAGAGAUUCAAGGAGAGUGAGCAGAAGGGUGAGAAGGAUAGGGUUGUUGUGUGGGCUGGAAUCGGGGCCGGUUUGACAAACGAGAUCAAGCCGACAUCGGAGGUGGUCCGUCUUCUUCAUGAAGAUGCCGUUCAAGCACUCCAAGUAAUUGUCUCCGUUAUUGCAUGACUUUGACUUUGGAUCCAGUUGCCCGAGUCCCCUCUGUUCCGUUCAGAUAGUGUCAAACCUAGAAUUUGGUUACAGGACAUAGGCUAGCGUAGUCGUUCUAAAACAGAGUAAAGCUACUUUCUAUUUCAGCAUCUGAGGCGAAAAGGAGCACUCUAGACCCUCCGUUUUGCGUUGGGAGUGUUGGUCGUCUACGCUGUCUUCCUUCCGAUUAUACGGACUUCAUACCUUCAUACUCCCAUGAACAAUUGCUUUGCAGCGCUUCGGAACGU